UAGAACUGUAUGAUUUACUUUUCAAAAGUCAUUAUUUACUCCCCUCUCUCUCUCUCUCUCUCUCUCUCUCUCCCGAUUGAAAAGUUUGAAGUUGCUUCGGCGAAACGUUUGAGAAGAAGAAGAGAGAGAAGAGAGAGAAUGAGUGGAGGGGUUAUUCCUAGAUCCUCGCUCAACGAUGUAGUAGCUGGUGGAAUUUUGAACACACAUUCUUUUGAUUCCAGAGAAAUUUUCCGUGUUCUUUUCUAAUGCCUAUUGCUCUCCCUCUCUACACUUUGCAUCCCUGUCUCGCAUGAAUGGAUAAAAAAAAGUAAAGGUCGUAAUGGGCCCGUUCAUCGGGUCCCACUCUAAUAAAAUUAAAAGCCUAGGCUACAACAAUAUGGCCCGACAGUUCGGCUUGCGCCAGGCCAAGACACAGACAGCCUGACCUUUAUUUUUUGUUAUUUUAUUUUAUUUUUUAUAAUUUAUCCCAGCAUGGCCCAGCCCAACCCUGAUAGUGCCGGAGCUGGUCUGUAGAGGAAUAGGGCUAGGUCUGGCCCGAGCCAUUAAGUGCCACUUCUUUAGAGGAAAAGGGAUUGGCCCGGCACGGGUGAUUGACAGCUGGUCUUUGGAGGAAAUGAGUUGGGCCGGACCGGCCCAUUGGUAGGCGAAAAAGGAAGGGAUGGAUAUGUUUGGAGGAGAGAGAGUGAUGGGGCAUAAAGGUAAGAGGGCGUUUUUGUGGGGCAUUUUAAAAGGGGAAAGUGGGGCAAGGUGGAGUUGACUGGCCGAUGGAGCAUUGAAUUAUUAAAUGAAUGUUUUUUAUAUUUUAGUGUGUGUUGGGAUGAGCUGUCCCUGCAUUAGAUGCUUAUCUGACGCUCACCUGCACUGUCUGCCCGCUCCUGCCCCAAAUAACCCACCAUUAUUACCCAUUUUACCCUCUCACUUCCCCCCCCUCUCUAACAGUGUCACUCGCUCUAAUUACCCAAGUAAUGAGGCUCAUCCCUUAUUCUCUCUCAAAACGCUAUGGAUUCUCUCUCUAGAAGCAUGGAUUCUCUCUUUAUUUUUCUCUCUCUAGGAGCAUAAAACCGGAGGAGUUGGGCAUAAAAAGGGACUGUUUAACUGAGUCGGCUGUUUGGACUUGAACGGCGGCUCUUUCAUACAUUUGGUUCAUUUUUUUUCCCAUUACUUUUUAGACCUUUUGUAAGUACUAAGGCUCAAGAGAGAGAGAUAGAGGAUUUUACUUUUACGUGGGCGGAUGCCAUAAAAGAAGGAAGGGGAAGGCGAGGUGGUUUUUAGAGGAAGAGAGAGAGAUUGGUAAAUAUGGGAGAAAGUACGCCAUUAAUACUUGGUUUUUGCAGGUUUUUUUUCUUUGGAGUUUGAAUGGGGGUUUUUGUCUGGGACUGCUAAGCUGUUGUCUGUUCUGUAGCUGCGGCAGAAAGAGAAAGAGAAAGAGGAGAGAGAAAGGAGAUAAAUGGGUUGGAACGGGUGGUUCAAAAUAAUUUGAGCUUGAACCAGGAUCAUCCUCUUUAUCAUUAUCAAAGGUAGAGAAGAGAGGGAAAGGGGGGAGAGAGAAAAACCGGGUUGUGUUUAUGGUAGAGAGAGAAACUCGAAGGGGUGGAGAGGUGGGGAGCCCGCCCAUUUAACAUUCCAUACGAGGCCCCACGAGUGGGCUACUGCUGCUUUUCCAGGCCCCCACAAGUUGGACCAAAAAGCUCCUCUCGCUCUCUCUCUCUAAGCUGAGGUCUCUCUCUCUCUCUAGGUUUGAGGAGGGGUCCCUUAGGUUUAGGUCCUUAGGGUUUUAGGCCUACAGACCUUGGUCAAUCUCAGCUCCGCCGCCACGCACCCCCUCCCUCUCUCUCUCUCUCUAGAGUGUGCCCCUUUCUCUCUCUAGAGUGUGCCCUUCAUCUCCUUAGAGAGGUCCUCUCUCUCCUGGAUUACCCUCCCCGGAGGGCUAAUCCCCUUCUUUCUAUCUCCCUCCCAUUCCCCUCCCCCUGUCUCUCUCUACCUGACGCAUCUCUCUCUACCCCACUCUUUUUUCAUCUCUCUAGCCCUCUCUGCACACCCGAUUGCCUAUGUUUCAGGCCCCUCAAGGAAGAGAAGAUCACGGGAUCCUGGUAGGUGAAAGGAGAGAGAAACCAAAGUGGGGGGCUUGAUGCUUAGGUGGGGGCUCUUUUAACUAUGGAACAAGGUGAUCAUGUCAGGUCCAAGACCAAUUCAGAAGGAGGAGGAGGAGGAGGCCCUUCUUCGUCUACGCCCUCAUCUUCUCAGCAGCAGCAACAGCAACAGCAACAGCAACAGCAACAGAUGGUGGCCUUUGAUGGCCGCGGCCUCGUUGUAGGGUACCGGGGUGAGCCCUCCGCCAAAGAGAUUCCUGGUCCCUUUAUGGGCUCCAUAGGUCCCUCCUCCACCCAUGUCGAGCUCGCCAUGUCCACGAAACCUGAGCCCACUAAGCCAGAGGGCUCCAACCCUGGCGCCAUAGUCCCAAUCCAAGAUCCAUCGAAGAAGCUAGUCGCGAAACGCUCAUCCAAGGACCGACACACGAAGGUCGAUGGCAGGGGCCGCCGCAUACGCAUGCCUGCUACAUGUGCGGCCAGGGUUUUUCAGCUCACUCGGGAGCUAGGGCACAAGUCGGAUGGUGAGACGAUCGAGUGGCUCCUGCAACAGGCGGAGCCUGCGAUCAUAGCAGCCACGGGCACUGGAACAAUCCCUGCUAACUUCUCAACCCUGAACGUCUCUUUGAGGAGCGGAGGGAGCUCGGCCAUGUCCGGUGCAUCGAAGGCCGCCCCACAUCACCACUCCUUCCUUGGGAUCCAACAUCAUGCCUCAGCACGGCCUGACUGGGAGCGCGCAGAGGACGCAGCCCGUGCGGUGCACGAGCAGUCAAUCCUUGGCUUCCAGCAUGACAACCUGUUGGCUGCCGCUGCUGCAGGAGGAGACCACCUCACGGGGGAGCCGAUGGGGGGUGACCCAGGGGAGAAUUAUGUCCGCAAGAGGUUCCGAGAGGACUUGUUCAAGGAUGAUGGGGCGGAGGCAGCAAAGCCAUUAAGGGGCAUGCAAUCGCAGCAGCAACGGCCUCCGCCGGAGGCAGCGAGGCCGGUGAUGCCGGCAGCAGCUAUGUGGGCAGUAGCUGCUGCUCCGGCUGCAGGGCUGUCAAGCAGCCCCGGGGCCUUCUGGAUGCUGCCAGUAAGUGCGGGUGCGAGCAGCCCUGGGGUGAUGGCAGCUGCCGGGCCCUCAGAGCCCAUCUGGACAUUCCCACCCUCGGCGGCGGGCCCGAGCACAAUGUACAGGGUGCCGGCGGGCACAUCGAUCCACCUCGGAGGCUCGGGCUCAUUGCAAAGCGGUAACACCAUACAAGCACCCUUACAUUUUAUGCCGAGAAUUAAUAUAUCAGGAGGACUUGCGGGGCUGGAGAGAGUGGGUCAUGUGCCCUUGGGCUCAAUGUUGGGGCCGCCGGGGUCGCACAAUUUGGGUCUUGGGAUCUCGGAUACGAAUCUCGGGAUGCUGGCGGCCCUGAAUGCAUACAAUCGGGGUUCGGUCGGCAGUGAGCAACAACAGGGGGGGCAGCAACAGACGGCGCAGCAGGCCAUGGAGCAGGUGCGCCACCACCAGCAGCAGCAGCAGCAGCAGCAACAACAAGGGGCCGACAGUGGAGAUGACCACCAGACGAGUUCACAGUAGUCGAAAUCGACCAUCUCUCCACACAGUGACUUCGCCCCCAAUAUCUUUCACUUCCCUUUCUCUAGCAGCAAGAGCAAGAUGGGCUUUCCAGUUUUCUCCUUGUGAGUUUCGAUUGGGUGUUUUUUUCUCAGUCCUCUUUCUUCUUCCGCUUUGGAUUUCGGUGUUUUGGAUGGAUGCCAUUGCAAUUCUUGAGAUGCAGCAGGAUUGAGAGCCUACAGUCCCACAGUCUAAUUCCUCAGGUAUAAGAAAAAAAAAAGAGAAAGUGAAAGAGAAUUAAUGGCGUUGAUUCAGUCUCUUGGGCUAGUUUCAGGGCACUUCAAAGUUUUAUUAUUAUUUGUUUGGUCCAAAGGACCAUGGGGACAGACAGACACAGAUUGUAUAGGGAAUUUGUUUUUUGUGUAGUAUUAAUUCUUUGUUUGUAUGAGGAGAACCCAAUAACCUGUUGUGCGAUUUGAGGAACAAUCCAUGCCCAGUGCUUCAACCUCCAUUGAAGAACCCUGCUGGGGCGUGUGUCUGAUGAGGAGUGGAGUUGCAGCUCAUGCGGGGCGAAAAGAAUGAGAAUAUAGGUAGUGAUUGCAGCCUUCCAGGUAGAAAGACAUUUUUUUUCUCCCUCCUUUUCCUUAGUUUUAUAUGGAGUUACAUGUGGAUGUUCUCAUAUUAUAUAUACACUAUUUUUGUGAUGAAAUGGUGAUAUAUUAUAACAUUAUUUUUGCACAUUUAUAUAUCUGUCGUUUCUCCUCUGAGAAGAUGGAUACAAGCUUAUUUGUUAUUAAA